AUGAAACACGACUACGAUAAAAUGUUCAAACUGAGUGAGAAGAUCCUACUGCUGUGUGUGGGAGAGGCGGGGGACACGGUGCAGUUUGCAGAGUACAUCCAGAAGAACGUGCAGCUCUACAAAAUGAGAAAUGGUUAUGAACUCAGUCCGUCGGCCGCAGCCAACUUCACAAGAAAAAACCUUGCAGAUUACCUCCGGAGCCGGACUCCAUACCAUGUGAACCUGCUGCUUGCUGGUUUCGAUGACGUUGAUGGUCCUGGACUCUUCUACAUGGAUUAUUUGUCCUCUUUGGCCAAAGCUCCGUUUGCAGCUCACGGCUACGGAGCUUAUCUUACACUGUCCAUCCUCGACCGCUACUACAGACCAGAUUUGACUCGAGAAGAAGCUGUGGACCUCCUGAAGAAGUGUGUGGAGGAGUUGAACAAACGUUUCAUCCUGAACCUCCCGUCCUUCAGCGUCAGAGUCAUUGAUAAACAGGGGAUCCACGACUUGGAGAAGAUCUCUGUCUGA